AGAUAAGAUUCAUUCUCACGAUGAAGCUCCCCAUCUUCUCCAUUACCUUUUCCGCCAUCCUCUUUCUUCCACUUGGCCACACGACGGACCAUUCGGUCCCGGAGGACGGGGGCUACUCUCGAUGCCGAUGUCUCCCUACAGAUUAUUGCUGGCCUAAUCCAUCCGAAUGGGCCUCCUUUAACGCAUCGGUUUCCGGAUCCCUGAUUGCUGUCAAACCCGUUGCAUCGCCCUGCCAUGAUCCGACAUUUGAUCAAGCGGCUUGCGAGGACGCCAAAACCAACUACAAGUCAUCAGUCUGGAGGGGAAGCUUCCCGGGUAAGGACUCCUUUAACCCCCCAUAAACCUAGUUCGCGCUAACCACUUCUUUCUUCGUAAAGGUGGAUAUCAGCAAGUAAAUUUCGAGACCUCGGCUGUUAAAAAUGAGACUUGCUACAUCGAUACUCCCAGACCCUCUGCCUGCGGCCAAGGAAAUGUGCCGAUAUAUGCCGUUGCAGCAACUUCCCCAACACAGAUUCAAAAGGGCGUCGACUUUGCUCGUGAAAGGAACCUUCGCCUUGUCAUCAAGAACAGCGGGCAUGAUUACCUUGGCCGAUCAGCGGGUAGGGGGUCACUGCAAAUAUGGACACACAACAUGAACAGUAUCGAGUUCUCGGACAGUUUCACCCCCGACGGUUGCAAGUGGAAGAAGGGCGAAGAGGCUGUUACCAUUGGCGCCGGGGUACAGCUGAAGCCAUUGUAUUCGGCAUUGAAGGACAAGCAGAAAACCGCGGUGAUUGGGUUCGCUAAUACGGUCGGUGCCGCGGGAGGUUAUAUUCAGGGUGGUGGACAUUCACCCCUGGGACCAUGGAAGGGGAUGGCAUCUGAUAACGCUUAUCAGUUCACCAUUGUCACCGCAGAUGUAAGUCGCUCACACGAAUACCUCACCUUACCAGCUUGCACAAAUGAUUUUAACCGUCCACUCUGCUAGGGCAAACAUGUAACCGCCAAUGAAUGCCAAAAUUCGGAUCUCUUCUGGGCUCUUCGGGGCGGUGGUGGUGGUACAUUCGGGGUGGUAACAUCCGUUACUAUCCGCACCUUUCCCGAUAGCAGCAUGCUGGCCCUCAAUAUGAACACAACAAUCCCGGACAGGAACCAAUUCUACUCAUUUGUAGCAGACUUCCAUGCCUUCCUCCCAAAGUUCAGCGAUGCGGGUGGAUCAGGAUACUACUACGUGUUCCACGAAACAAAGACCCUUAUAAUUGCCGGGCUCUUUGCCGGCCAAUCCAACCCCAACGCCACCGAAGCCCUCUUUGCACCGCUCAUGCAAAAAGCGCGUGAGUACACAAAUUCCCAGGUAGACUGGUUCCAGUUCCCCCCGUUCCCCAUCAGUGUCGGGGUAGACAUUGGUCUAACCGGUUCCGACGCGACUGGUGGCAUGACCCUACUGUCCUCCCGCCUUAUCUCUCGCAAAUUUCUCGAGUCCGCCGACGGGCCAAAGAAGUUGUCCGAGGUCUUCAAGGCCAUCGGCCCAAACCAGAACACGGUAUUUCUUGGACAUGUCGUUGCGGGUGGCCAAGUAGCUAGGAACAACGGUAUUGAUUCGGCGAUUAACCCAUCCUGGCGAAAGGCCCUCACCCAUCUUAUAUUUGCCCGGGGGUGGGAUUCAAGUACUUCUUUCCAGGAGCAAGCCAUUAUAGCACGGAACAUGACGGAUGUCGAGACCCCCAUCCUUGCUGCGUUGGAACCCGACAUGGGGGCUUAUAUCAAUGAGGCGGAUUUAAAUGAGAGGCACUGGCAGAAGGUUUUCUGGGGAGAGAACUAUGACAGGUUGCUCGAAGUCAAGGCUAAGUGGGAUGAGGGGGAAUUGUUUAUGUGCAAACCCUGCAUUGGAAGUGAGAAUUGGGACGCAGAGAGCAUUUGUAGGAAGUAGAAGGAGGCACUGCUGUGGUGGUAUAUUUGCUAGAAAUUAGGACUAGUGUAGCUAGUGGGGGUAACUUGAAAUUGGCUAUGAUAAUACGGUGUUAUGUCUUUUAAAAAAUUAUUUAAAACGUUUAGUCAUCU